ACGGUGCCCGCAGCCAUGGAGGCCAAGGUCCGCCAGAGCCGGCGCUCGCGCUCGCAGCGGGACCGCGUGAGGCGCCGGGAAGCGGCCCCCGCGGCCCGCCCGCGCAGCCCGUCGUCGGGCGACGAGCCCGAGCCCAGCCCCGGCAAGGAGAACGCGGGCCACAACUGCGCGCCGUCCCGAGGCGCCGCCGCCGCCGCCCCUGCGCCCCGCGCCGCGCGUCCUCCGCGCCGCCGCCGCCGCGAGUCCAGCUCGCAGGAGGAGGAGCUGAUCGACGGCUUCGCCAUCGCCAGCUUUAGCACCCUGGAGGCCUUGGAGAAGGACAUGGCCCUAAAGCCACAUGAGCGGAAGGAGAAAUGGGAACGUCGUCUCAACAAGAAGCCCCGGGAGUCAGAAAACUGUCCGUCAGCAGAGCCCAGUGAGAACGGGCAGCCCUUGGAGGCAGGCAGCCCUGAGCAGGACUUAGAACCUACAUGUGACCGGGGCAAGAAGAAGGUUCCACUGCAGCCCACUAAGCAGGUGUGCUCCCCAGAAGGGGGGCCGCUCCCAGCCAACCCCUGGGACCAGAACGGCCCGGCCCAACGCCAGCAGCAGCUCCAGCCCAGCCAGCCCCAAGGGUCACUCCCAGCCCCGUGUCAGCGCUGCCAGCCCCGUCGGGCACUCCCGGACCCCGGGCAGCCUUGCCAGCCCCAGCGGUCACUCCCGGGUCAGCGCAGCUGGUCCCAGCGGCCACUUCUGGGCCUCAGACAGCCCUGCCAGCCCCGGCGGUCACUUCUGGGCCCGGGUCGGCCCUGCCAGCCCCAGCGGCUGCUGCCAGCCCCAGGUCAGCUCUGCCAGCCCCAGCGGUCACUCCUGGCCCAGCCCUGCCGGCCACACUGGGUUCUCCCAGGCCCACGGCCCCGCUGCCGACACCUGCGUUCCCUCCUGGCUCCGUGCCACCACUUCCGGCCGCUGCGCUCGCUCCUGGCCCCAUGGCACCGUUGCCGGCCGCUGCAGUCCCUCGUGGCCCCUGGCCACCGCUGCCGGCCACUGCUGACCCCGUGCCAUCUCUGCCGGCCUCUGCGCUCGCUCUUGGCCCUGCGGCAUCGCUGCUGGCCCAUGCGGUCCUGGGUGGCCCCGUGUCUCUGCCACCAGCCCAACAGGGCAUCCUCAGGACAGCGCAGCCUGCCUCUGCGCUCACUGUUGGCCCACUGCCCACGGUGCCAGCCCCCACGCUCACUCCUCGCCCUGUGUCCAUGUCACCGGCCCCCCAGCUCCCUCCUGGGCCCAUGCUGCUGCCCCCGGCGGGCGCUUCUGGCCCCGUGUCAACGCUGCCAGCCCCACAGAUCCCUCCUGGGCCAGCCUAGCCAUCCCCGGAGGCCACUGCUGGCUCUUGGUCAGCCCCAGCAAGUAGGCAAAGCCCCCAAGCAGCUGGGCCCACCCAAACCUUCCCUGCUGGGCCCAGGACAAGCCCGCCUGCCUAAACGGCCACUCAUGGGCCUGCAACAGCCCCACUCAGCCAAGCGGCCACUCAUGGGCCUGGGACAGCCCUGCCAACGGAAGCGGCCACUCAUGGGCCCAGGACAGCCCUGCCAGCCUCUGCGGUCACUUCUGGGCCCAGGACAGCCUCGCAAACCCCAGCCGUUACUGCCAAUACCAGACCGGCCAUCGCUCCUGGGGCGGCCUGUCCGCCGGCCACUCCUGGGGCAUCCGUGUCAGCCGCGACGAUCACUUUUGGACUUGGGUCAGGCCCGUCAGCCCCAGGUCUCACUUCUGGCCCUGGGCCAUCCCUGCCGGCCCCUGAGGUCACGACGGACCCGAUCGUCCACACCAGGGGUGGCCCGCCAGGCCCCGUAUGUGAGUCCCGGAGCCUGAUGCCUGGCGGGAACCUCUCCAGAUGGCUCUCCAGACGCCUCCACGUGUGGCCACGCAAGGGCCCUGGGCCUGGACCGAACUGCGUCAAGAUCUCUCCAGAUGGGCCGGGCUGUCUGCUGUUGAACAGAGCUUUACUCAGAGUGGCGGGGCCUAGCCAAGGGCCACCAUGCAGGAAGACAGGACAGCCUGGGGGGAUUCAAGUGCUGCCUCCAGGCCUCCCCACCGGUGCCCCGGCCUCUGGCGUCAUGGCACCCUGCACCAUGUGCUGCCUCUGAUAGAUCUGCCCCUGAGGGGACAGCCACCAAGGGCUCAGAUCUAGGGUCCCCAGCUUCUUCCUGUGCCUCUAAAUGCCAACACUGUUGUCUCUAAAUCUCCACUGCACCUUCAUGGGUGCACCACCUGGUACACACGUGCAUGUGUGCGAGUGUGCACAUGUGUGUAUGUGUGUUAGUAGACAGGUCUGUGUGUGCGAUACUGUGUGCGUGUGCGUGUGGGCCUGGCUCCACACCAGACAGUGGGGGCCUGCUGGAGGGUGGCUGCCAGAGCUUGCCCUUCCUUUUGCUCUGGGCCAGCAAGUACCUCCAAGCAGCCCCUCUGAGUAUCUUCUCUGCAACUUUGUCUGGCUGCUGGGUUGCCCUCUCGGGGGCCUCACACUCCAGGGCUGUCCCUGGGCCCUGGCCCCCCGCCGGAGCGCCCACCCUCAGGAUGUGGCCCCACCAGCCCCAGCCUUGUCUCAGGGCAGCCCCACACCCAGUGCUUCUCGAGGCAGGGGCUGAGGGGCCCCAGGGAGGGGGGCCGCAGUGGUGGCUCUGCAAAGGUACCUGUUCUGGAAAGGACCUGGGGAGAUGGCCGCUGGGCCCAGUGCUGCCCAUGUCGCCUUAUUUCAUGGCGGCGACCUCCCGAGUCAACCCUGUUUACAGGACAGAGGCAAUGGCCCCAGUGCCAUGUUGGUUCUCAGGCCUGGGCAGGCAUCCCUGACCCCCGGGCUCCCUGUGCCUGCUUCUUCAAGGACCCCAGCCUCUGUACGCAGACCCAGCAGCGAGGACGGCGGACAGGUUUACAGGCGCCUGGUGGUCACCCAGGGUCACCCGCCAGCCCGCCCGGAAACACGGGUUUAUUUUUCUGAUUAAAGAAAAUAAAGAGUCCCGUGCCGUUAUUUUCCACAACUGCGUCCGCGUCUGCACCUUAAACUGGAGAGUGCCUGUCCUGAGUGCGCGAUUCACUCUGGCGCGCGGUUUCUAUGCGUUAUACUUGGGUCUUGAUGGUUAAAUUCUGGCUGAAGGAGGUGGGGAGUAGACAAACCCCUUCACCCCUCCUGGGUGUGAGGGCAUCCCCCUUUGCUGGGUGGCUGCUGCCCAAGCCUGGGGUUCCUGUUUGGGCCCCAAUCCAGCUUAGAAGGGGGAUGGAGUGCCAAGACGUUGGUUCCCCCAGGGGCUGCUGUCUAGGUUGGACCAGUUUGACAGUGACCCUCAGAGGAGGUGUACAGGUGUGGUGCUGGGGUGAAGGUGAGGAAAAGAAGAACAUGGGCAGGGUGGUGCAGGGGGCACCCAGCAGGACAGUGGGUGCAGAGGCCAGGAGAUAGGACCAUGCUGAGGUGACCCAGGAGGUGGAGUAUGGUGAUCACGGUCUGGGGUGGGGGCAGGGUGCUGAGGGCCUCGCAGGCGGCCAGGGGCAGGUGUCAGCUUUCCUGAGUGAGUGAAGGCUGCUGGAAGGGAUUUGAUGAGGGAGUGUGUGGCCUGGCCCAGGUCUCUCUGGCCACUUCACUGGCACUUAGAGGUCCACAGGCAGAGAAGUGACGGCAAGACGUAUCACACGACUCACCAAGCCGUGGGGGAUCCUGGGAGAGGUCCUUGGACUCCCUUGGGACUUGGCAAGAAGCCUCUUGCGGGGCUGGAGCUGGGUGGGCUGGCAAGACGGUGUUUCUCCAGAGGGCAGAAGGGCUCUCCUCAAACUGUAAUGAGCAUGUGCCUGCCCAAGGUCCCAUUGAAAUGAGGCUCUGAGGCACCAGAUCUGGAGCGGCCCUGCCAGUGGUAACACCUGAGCAGUGAGUGGCUCAGAAAGCCAGUAGCCGUCGAGUCGGCUCUGACUUAUGGUGACCCCCCACGUGUCAGAAGAACUGUGCACCACAGGAUUUUCAGUGGUUGAUUUUUCAGAAGUAGGUUGCCAAACCUUUCUUCCGAGGUGCCUCUGGGCGGACUCAAACCUCCAGCCUUUCAGUUAACAGCUAACACACUAACACCCAGUGAGUUGCUUGGAGCAGCUCUAUUCACUGGAGGUAUAACGUGAGCCAUAUGUUGUUAUCGUUGGCUGCCAUUCAGUUGUCCCCUGAUUCACGGUGACCCCACGCACGAUGGAACAAAGUGCUGCCCAGUCCUGCCCCAUCCCCAUGAUUGGUCAGUUUUGGAUUGGACCGUUGUGAUCCAUAGAGUUUUUUAUGGGCUGACUUUGUAAGUAGAUCACCUAGGCCCAGUACUGAAACGUGCUCAGCUCCACUGUGUGAGGUGCAUUGGGCAGGAAUUGAACCCAGGUCUUCUGAACGGAAGGCAAGAAUUCUACCACUGGACCACCGUUGCCUCUGCACGUGAGCAACGUAGAGAAAUAUAAAUGUUCUAUAGUCACGUUUAAAAAGUAAACAGAUAAAAGUAAUUUUAGUAAUAAGUUUAAUUCAGUAUAUCCAAAAUAUCAUCUCAACGUGUAAUCGAUACAAAAAUUACCAAUGAGAUUUUUUUUUGAAAGGCAGUGUUUGUUGCAGUUAGAGUACAGCGCGACUCAGACUGGGCACAUUUCGUGUGUGGUGUGGCUGCUGUCCUGGACAGUGCAGGCCUGGAGCAUGCAGCCAUUAAGUGAGGGACGUGGAGUGGAAGCACAGUGUGUCAUUUGCAAGUUCUCAUCUCAGAUUUGCUGCUUUUCCAGUUUCUGCCCUUGCUCGUUUUCUCAUUCUCCACGCUCAUCCACACCCGUGGCUUGAAUCAUCGCCGCUGUGCCACGAAGCGCCGUGUGUCAGCCUAGAACCCCUCUGAGCCCAGAUCUGUGCAUCUACACCGGUAACGUUGCCACUCAGGCGCCUCAGGCCCUGUCCGCUCUUCCUGAGCAGAGCAGAACACACUGGCUUCCAAAUCUGUGCCCCCAUUUAUUGAAUGAACCCAGUGUCUCCUCAGAUGAUGAGUCUGAAAUCAGAAGGUCGCCUUUCACUCUGCCCUCCAGCCACCACCCCCAGCCACAGCCAGGCAGAUCCUUUGCUUCCGCCUCCUGAAUCUCCCUCUAACCUGGAUUUCACAGGGAAAAUUAGAAAAUAAUCCAAAGCAAAUGACUGGUAAUACAACAUCAGGCUUGCAGGAUGCACCAAAGCUCUAGCGUUAAAUGCGUAUAUUAUUAACAACAACAACAAAAAAAAAGGCUAAAAUCUCUGACCAAAGGUUUCACCUUAUGAAGCUAAAAAAAAAAAGAAGAAGAAAGCAAACCAAAAGUUGUUUUCUUGAAAA